AUGCCAUUUUCAAGAAUUCUUGCAAGGAAUGAUCUAAAUUGGCGCUGUUUUUGGUCUCGGGUGCUUUUUCAAGCUACUGAAUUAAUGCUCUUCCGAAUUCGUCCCACGUUUUUGAGUCAAUGCUUACGCAGCUACAGCGCUACAAAAUUGGCCACAAAGUAUGAUGUAGUAAUUGUUGGAGGUGGAAUGGUCGGAUUUGGUCUUGCUGCUGUGGCGGCAAAUUCUAAACUACUAGGCAAUAAAAGUAUCCUGUUACUAGAGAGUUCUCCGAAGAAUACUUAUCAAUAUAAGGAGGAGUAUGAAAACCGUGUUGUCGCCCUUAAUGACCUCUCUGUUAACAUGCUUAAUAAUAUUGGAGCAUGGGAAUUUAUUCGGUCGCAUCGCGCACAACCUGUAAAUAAAAUGAAAAUUGUACACAAAAUGAAUCUAGCACUAUCCAGCAAACAAGUGGAUGCAUAUUCAUAA